UAUCAGCUUCAGAGCGGAUUCAACCGCCAAGUAAGUUACGUUUUGCAAUGUCACACUAAAGAAGUUUUAGACCAGUUUAUUUAUAGAAAACUGGAUUGGUGAGGGCACAGAGACAUAUGCCGCAGGAUAUAAGAUCUGAAAUGAAAGACUGUCGUGUUUUUUGAAGGGGAUACCGGGUGAUUUUUGAGCCGCUGUUAUUAUUACUGUAAAGCUAAUGUUGCACAGCGAAGCCAGAAGCCUCAUGUUUUCGUCAAGCCAAGAGGAGCACUGCGCCCCGUCCAAAGACCCAGUGAAAUACGGGGAACUCGUGGUGCUGGGGUACAAUGGAUCUCUGCCCAAUGGAGAUCGGGGUAGACGGAAAAGCAGAUUUGCGCUAUACAGGAGGACCAAAGCCAAUGGUGUUAAGCCAAGCACUGUGCACAUCCUCAACACACCCCAGGCCAGCAAGGCCGUGAACUGUAAAGGUCAACACAGUAUCUCCUACACACUGUCCCGAAACCAGACGGUAGUGGUGGAGUACUGCCAUGAUAAAGACACAGACAUGUUUCAGAUUGGGCGUUCCACUGAGAGUCCCAUAGACUUUGUGGUGACUGACACAAUAGCCGGAGGCCAGGAUGGAGAGGAGACUCCCAUCACGCAGAGCACCAUCUCCCGUUUUGCCUGCCGAGUUGUCUGUGAGCGAAACCCGCCCUACACUGCUCGCAUCUACGCGGCUGGUUUUGAUUCUUCCAAAAACAUCUUCCUCGGGGAAAAAGCCGCAAAGUGGAAGAACCCUGACGGUCACAUGGAUGGACUAACAACCAAUGGCGUGCUGGUAAUGCACCCUAAGGGUGGCUUCACGGAAGAGUCAAAGCCUGGCGUAUGGAGAGAGAUCUCUGUUUGUGGGGAUGUUUACACACUAAGAGAGACCCGCUCAGCACAGACCCCAGGCAAACUGGUGGAGAUUGAGAGUAAUAUACUUCAGGACGGCUCCCUGGUGGAUCUGUGUGGAGCCACUUUGCUGUGGCGUACUGCAGAAGGCCUCUUUCACACUCCCACCCAGAAGCAUCUGGAGGCUCUCAGGCAGGAGAUCAACGCAGCGCGGCCCCAGUGCCCCGUAGGUCUGAACACGCUCGCUUUCCCCAGCAUGCAACGUAGCCGAGCCCUCUCCUCUCUGGAGGACAAGCAGCCUUGGGUCUACUUGGCCUGUGGCCACGUGCACGGUUACCACAACUGGGGCCACCGUUCAGAGCAGGAGCCCAACACUCAGCGAGAGUGUCCCAUGUGCCGGGUGGUCGGGCCUUACGUACCACUGUGGCUGGGCUGUGAGCCAGCCUUCUACGUGGACACAGGUGCGCCCACGCAUGCCUUCGUGCCAUGUGGACACGUGUGUUCGGAGAAGUCGGUCAAGUACUGGGCCGAGAUCCCUCUGCCCCACGGCACCCACGCCUUCCACGCUGCCUGCCCUUUCUGUGCCACCGAGCUCGGCCUCACUCAGGGCUGUUCCAAGCUAAUCUUCCAGGGCCCGGUGGACUGAGCUGAAGGGUCCCACUCUGGCAGAGAAGAUUAGACAGGAAUGCCAACAUGCUGUGAAACUGUUCAGAUUAUUUUGUGCUGUCUUUUGUUCAUGUAAGCCAGCUGUGGAAAGGAGUGUCUUCUCAAGUUCUGGUCAUAUACUGUGGAUUCUGCACAACAGAGAGCUAUUACAGAUUGUUCAGGGCCUCUUGACACUGUUUGGAUGGCCACUAUGGGAUACAGAGAUGCGGAGCACACUGGACCACCGAUGCCUGGCUCCUCCAGAAUGAAAUACUGUCUCACCUACCGCUUUAAACAAGACUCCAGCGCUGGGCUGUUUUAAACUACAAUGACUGCUGGUUUUCCAUUAGAGGGCCAUAGAAUUUAAAGUUGUAGAAUUUUAUUCAUGAACCAGAUAACAGUUGUGUAGUUGGGUCUGUUGGGAAUGAAAAGGGGGAGGGGGUUAUAGUUCAAUUCCUGGUGGGUCUGAGACAAAGUUUUUACAGAGCCAGACAGCUGGACUGUUGGCUGGGAGAAAAGCCAGGAGAAACUUGGGGUCUAAUGGCUGACUAGUUAAGUGCUCCCUGUCUCCCUCUCUUCCCUGAACCCCUGAUGGCAUCUAGAUCAUGUAGCUGUCCGGAUUUGGCUUUCAUUUGCUGAACACACUUUAAGGAGGGGGAAAAUACUUUUUGUGUAUAGAGAUAUAAUCCAGUGCCUCAAAUCCCAUUUAAACUGUGGGAAUAUUUUUCAUAAAUGAGAAAAGAUAUUUUGUUGAGGGCAAAGGGAGAGAGAUUUUUGCAUACAGAAGACAUAAGGAAAUGAUAGCCCACACGGAUUCUUCUCCACAUUUUUAUCGGAAGAAGUAUUUUAUUACACUGGGGCCCUUGUACUGUUUUGUAAUGUAAAUGUUAAUAUAUUUUUCUCCUGCAUAAAGUGUGUGUGUGUGUGUGUGUGUGUGCGCGCCCCCAUGGGCUUUGUUUAAAUCACCCUGCAUCAUUUCACCCCAAUCCCCUUUCUAUGAUCUCGCCCACCACCCAAAAAACGCUACAGGAGAGAACACAGGAAUUAAACCAAUAUCGCAGGGUUUGACAAUGAAUGUACUGAAAUACAUCGAAUCCUCACUGGUGGUGCUUCAAUUAUACAACUUUCUCAGUGGCUGUUAAAGGUAUAGGUAUGCCUAUUUGCAGUGAAAGACAACAUUGGAGCUGUACUACCAAUAUGCAUCAACCGUACCUGCUUCCUAGCUUGCUUGCUAGCUAGCUAGCUGUGUCCCUGCCCCACACACAUGUACUGUAUUCAAUCUGCACUGUUGUUAGCUUUAUCCCAUGCUGGGUCUGAUCCAAUGAUUUAUACGCUGUCAAACCUGGGCACAGUCUCAGCAGCAUCUAGAGAUUAUACCAAAUAUAAGAAGGAGCUGUUUUCUCUCCACAUGCAAGAUGUAACGACCACUCUCUCCAAUCCAAAGUGUUUCUGUAAACAAUCCUAAACCCAAACUGCUGCUAUGGUGGAGUGUUGACAGCUCUGGAUUACAGUCGAGGCUGUUCAGUUGCUCGCAACCAGCUCCAUGGGAAUAAUGAUAUUAUCGCACACCAUGCCAAAUUUGGAAAAUUCUAUUGUGUGUGUGUGUGUGUGUGUGUGUGUGUGUGUGUGUGUGUGUGUGUGUGGAUGAGUCAAGUUGUCCAAAACAAAGUAGCAGAUGAAUUGAAACUAAAGAAUCUGGGACGAAUCUGUACUUUCUUCUGUGAUGUUAGCUUAUCAGACUGUGCCCAUAUGUAGAGUGUAGCUGAAGGCAUUAAUUCUGCCACUAAUUCAAAUACGAUAUUGAGCAUUAAAAUAACGAGAUGUUGAGGGUUAACUGUCCUAUUGUAGCCUUCAAAUUUACUUCCACAUUGCAUUAGGAUGAAAUACAAUCCAGGGGUGUAGCUGAGGGGCAAAAUCCACCUUGAUUAAGGGCUCCUGGACUUGACACAAACAAAAGACAAGAGCUCAACCACAGUGGUGGACUGCCUGAGUAUUUUUCUUUUUUGGUUUCCCAGACAAACAUACCUGGCAUUCUUAAAAGUAUAUGCAGCAUUACGCUUCACUCAGACCACAGAGCAUUUCUGAAUGGCUCGAUUUCUUCAGAUUUUAUGUAACUGCCAAGCAGGGUGAAGUAUUAAGCCAUGUACUGUACAGUAGCAUUCCUUUCCAACACUUUCAGCUCAAACACUGUGCCCAUUGCUUAAGACUGUGUUCUGUAACAGCUGCAGAGUAGCUGCCUCAAACAUUCCUCCUUGGUAAACAUGGGUGGGGCCCUCAGUUCACCCAAGGGCUUGUUCUAUGAUUUUUGUCUCCAACAGGAACUCUGUACACAAGCCAUAGAACGCACUGAUGCUCCCAAUGCCUCCUUUGCAAAUAAUAAAAUAUUUUAAAAAAAUAA